GCUUGUGCGCAGUCGCAUUAUCCAUUCAACAUGGCGCUGGCAAAGUCUGUCUACAACCUGCUCUUCAGGAGGACUUCAACUUUCGCUAUAACCAUCAUGGUUGGAGCAGUCUUCUUUGAGCGAGUAUUCGACCAGGCCGGAGACACGAUCUUUGAACAGAUGAAUCGAGGGAAACUCUGGAAACACAUCCAGCACAAUUACGAGAGCAACGAUGAGGAAUAGGAAGCGACUCCGGGGUUAUCCAAGGCUGAAGUGCAUCUGUUGUCACACUUCCUUUACCCAUUCUCCCUGGACUUCACACCGGAAUCAAGCAUCAGUCAACAUGGACAAUACUCCCCAAGUCUUGCCCAGGGUUGGCAGCGGCUACUAGAGGACCUGUGGGAGCUGAUUCACUGUCCAGACGACCAUCAAGAUGGAGCAAUGGUUCCUGUCACCUCGUCCCCCCCUUCCUGUUGUUUGUAAUGCCUCACAGAUUGUAAAUGGUUAAAUUAAACAUGUGUUAAUGUCUUACA